UUGUGAUGAGCUUUGAAUUGAAAAAAAUGCAGAUUUUUUUUUCUUUCUGUUAAUUUGGAUUAACCGAAGACCGAAUCUGAUAUUUGGUUAACCGAAUAUAUAAAACGAUUCGGGUUAUUGAUUUUGAGUGAAUCUCGGGUUUCAGUAACCGAACAUUUCGGUACGGGUACCCGAACCGUUCGACAGCCCGCGCAUCUAUAUGACUAUAUAUAUGCAAAUUUUGGAGUCAGAUAUUCAAAGCGAGAUUGAUGAUCUGCGCAAUUUUUUUUUUAUUUUUUUAAAAAUAAGCAUGUUUACUAUAUUCCUCCACUAAAAUUGACAGUUCCAUGGAAUUAUUGUGAAGGGUCCGGCUGCUGAGAAUUGAUGCGUCUUUGCUAUAUCCCAAAGAGAUUAUUGCGCGUUAACACUUAAAGCUUAAGCUGACCUGCGAUAGAAUUGGGAACUCCAAGUUUGGCAAAUCCAAGUUAAAAACCACAUUUGAGCUUAAAAUUUUCAGCUGUCUGUUUUUGGAAGGGUAAUCUUUAAGGGUUCAUAUGGCUGAAAGACCGCCGAUCGAGCCUGAUCCAGAAUUGCAGUCUACUCCUCCUCCGAAGGAAGACAUGAUCUCCCAUGUGAUGGCCUUGGAGGCUGCUCUGUUGCCUUGCUUGCCUGCUAGAGAACUUCAAGCAAUCGACCGUUCUCCCCAUCCUUCUCACCAGAUUGAUGUUGAGAGGCAUGCUAGAGACUUCAUGGAGGCAGCCAAGAAGCUUCAGCUCUAUUUCAUUGGUUUGCAACGAGAGGAUCAACCUACCAGAGCAGAAACCCUAGAGAAGGUAACGUAUACAAUACUAGUUUCUCCAAUGCUGCUGAUAGGUGUGCAUCUGAUGGCCGUAUUCGUUCAGGAGAUUGGUAUGAUGGAAGAAGAGGUGAAAGUAAUGAAUGAGGUUAUCAAGAAGCAAGAGAGGCUGAUUGAGGGAUGGACGGCUGAGCUGAAAGAACAACUACAUAAACACAACGUUGAGUUGGAAAGAGUAUAAUUAUGUUAACCGGGCACACAUAUGGUAUCGGUGUAUCUUUGUCGAAUCAGUGUAUCUUUGGUAUUUGUUCAUUUGCAUUUGGAAAUUGUCAAUGUAUGAGGAUGGCCAAGAAAUAACUUAUUGUGUCAACUCCUGCACUUGUGAUAUUUACAGGCAUUUCUUGUGUCUCUUAAGGUAACACUUUUUUUAUUUACUGGAAAAUGUUUAUUGGAGGUAUUUCUUUGUCUCUACACAAAAAUUUGUAUAUAAAAUCUGUUGAAGUUGUUAUGGA